GCGGUUGGACGCAGCGGCCUAUUGUAGUUACCCUGCCCAGCUGAGACCAGUUUUCGUUUUGGUUCAUCGGAUGGUCCGCCAGUCAGUGUACGCUACCCCGACGUUGCUGAAGCGAAGCGGUGAAGGUUUUUGGCGUCGUCGCCUUUUGUAACUCAAGUGUGGGAAGAUGAAUUACACCACGAAAGUAGUGCAAGUGACGAACGUGUCUCCGAGCACGACGUCGGAACAGAUGCGAACGCUGUUCGGCUUUCUGGGAACCAUCGAGGAGCUCAAGUUAUUUCCGCCGGAUGAUUCGCCUAUGCCAGUGACGUCACGGGUGUGCUUUGUGAAGUUCCAGGAGCCUGAGUCUGUUGGAGUGUCCCAGCAUUUGACGAACACCGUUUUUGUGGACAGAGCACUGAUUGUUGUUCCAUUUGCUGAAGGCUCUAUUCCAGAUGAGGCUAAAGCUUUGUCACUGCUGGCGCCAGCAAACGCCGUUGCAGGAAUUCUUCCCGGAGGGGGACUUCUUCCAACACCCAACCCAACGCCCAAUCCAUCAAUGGCAGGGAAUCCUUUCGGGGGGCCCAACAUGGAUGCAAUGGCUGCGUUUGGAUUUCCAGGCCCCAACAUGAAUCCUCAGGCUGCUGAUCAACUCUUGAAGUUUAUGACUGACCCCAAACUGAAUCCCAUGGCUGCUGGCAUGAAUAUGAAUCCAGGCCUGAAGGUUGACUCAUCCAGUAAAGAGAUCGAAGAGGCCAUGAAAAGAGUCAGAGAGGCCCAGUCGUUGAUCUCUGCCGCUAUUGAGCCUGGAAAUAAGGAAAGCAAAAAGAAGCACUCUCGAUCCCGAUCAAGGUCCAGGAGGAGAAGAUCUCGAUCUCGUUCGAGGCACAGACGAACCAGGAGCAGGUCAAGGCGACGCUCGAAUUCCAGAAGCAGGAGGCGCUCCAAAAGCCCGCGCAGGAGAAAGUCCCAUUCAAGAGAUCGAGGCAGACGAUCUUGUAGCAGGUCUAGGGAUAGAAAGAAAGAUGACUCUGGACGAAGAAGGUCCAAAACACCACCGAAAAGCUACAGUAUGACUAGAAGGUCUCGCAGCAUCAGCCGAAGACGCAGGCGAAGUCGCAGUUUAAGCCGGUCCCCUAAAAAGUCCCCUAAAAGGAGGAGCUCCAGGACUCCAUCGCCCAGGAGACACAAGAAGGAAAAGAAAAGGGACAAGGAAAGGGAGAGGGAGCGCAGGAGUGAUAAAGAACGCAGCCGCGAGGAACGGGAGCGCUCCGUCAGCAAAAAGAAGAGAAGUAAAGACAAAGAAAGAGAGCGGGAGAGGAAAUCUGAUGGAGAGAAAGGAGAUGUAAAGAUCACAAGGGAUUACGAUGAGGAGGAGCAAGGCUAUGACAGCGAGAAGGAGCGGGAGGACAGGAAGGAUUCUGACGACUCUGCCUUGUCCCCCCGGUCUGUAGAAGGUAACAGCAAUGGCACUGGGCGACCAGUGAAGCAGGCCAAGGUCAACGGCGCUGAUGAUCGCCAUGAAGAAGACAUGGACGUCAGCGACUGAGUGCCAUUGUUACCAUCAUGCCCCCCCCCCCACCACCACACACACACAGACACACAGGCAUGAUGCUUCAGUCUCCAUUAUCCUUAGAUUUUGGUUAUGAACAUGUUCUGUAAUUCUUUUGUUUUUUUUGUCAAAAAAAAACAAA